GAAAAACGUCCCCCGAACCGACCGACCUUACCACUCACUCACUAUUUCUCAGCUAACUAACUCCUGCUAAACUCUUGUGCUCACUCUCCUUGUGUUCCUCUUCUCCCCACAUAUAGCGUCUACCUCUACAUUCCACCUCCCAUACGCUUGGCGACUAGGUGAUAUAUGACUGUUGAUCGGUCCUCCGUGUUCACUCAUCGAUUAUGCCCCCUCCUGUCGGCAGAUACGGGCCUGCUGGCCUGAGCGCUUCUUCAUAUACCCAACUGCAGCAAGCCCAUCUCCAGCAGCAACACCAGCAAGCGGCAGCGGCGGCAGCAGCCCAACAACAGCAGCAGCAGCAGCAGCAACAACAUCAUCCGGCCCUUGCCCAGUCGGCCAAUACCGCUCUCCCUCCCCCGUCCCUCGGUGGUCACCCUGGUUUCGCCGCCGGCAACCCGAACACAAACAUCAACCCAUUCACGCUGUCCGGCUCCGGCCUGGCCAACGGCAUCUCGGUGGCAGGGUUCGGCGGAGGCGCUGCGGAUGGAGGCGGUACGGGGCUCGCCAGCCACGCCGCCCAGAUGGGCUUCGCCCGGGGCGCGCAGAUGCAGCAACAGCAAUUACAUCAAGCUCAUGACGGUCGGCUUGCGCUCGAGUCCAAGGCCGGCGGUGCCGUGAAGACGCGGAUUCGCGACGUAUGGAGCCACAACCUGGCUCAGGAGAUGGCUAUCCUGCGGCAGUUCGUGGAGAAGUACCCGUAUAUCAGCAUGGACACCGAGUUCCCCGGCAUUGUCGCACGCCCGAUCGGAGCGUUCACAAACAAAGCAGACUACCACUACCAAACCCUGCGGUGUAACGUCGACCUCCUGAAAAUGAUCCAACUCGGCAUUACCCUGUUUUCCGCCGAAGGGGAGGUCCCGCCCCCGAAUGCCACCGAUGCCAAUGGCCAGCCCCUCGGCAACAGCCUCGUCCCCGCCCCUUGCACAUGGCAGUUCAACUUCCGGUUCUCGUUAGAGGAAGACAUGUACGCACAAGAGUCGACGGCGAUGCUGGCCAAGGCGGGGAUUGACUUCACGAUGCACGAGAAGAACGGCAUCGACCCGUUCGAGUUUGGCGCCCUCCUGAUCAGCUCCGGGCUCGUGCUCUUGGACGACGUCCACUGGGUCUCGUUCCACUCGGGCUACGAUUUCGGCUACCUGAUGAAGAUCAUGCUCUGCAAGCCGCUGCCGGAGAAUGAGGAGGAGUUCCACAAGCUGCUCAACAUUUUCUUCCCGUCGCUCUAUGACAUCAAGUACCUCAUGAAGCACGCCGGGCGCAACCAGGCGGUCAACGACACCCCUCUGACGCCCGCCGCGGCUCAGAUCCUCACCAACCUGGGACAGAAGUCGGGCCUUCAAGAUAUCGCUGAUGAGCUCGGCGUCAAGCGGGUCGGCAUCGCCCACCAGGCUGGGUCGGACUCCCUCGUCACCGGCGAGAUCUACUGGAAGAUGCGCCAGCUUGUCUUCGGCGGCAGCAUCGACGACUCAAAAUACUCCGGCCAGAUUUGGGGCCUGAACGGCCAAAUGCCCUCCCUGCUGUACCACAUGCAACCUCACCAAACCCCGAACCUCAACGGCGCCACCAUCUACUCGACCACGGGCACCCCCAGCACCCCCAACGCCGGCCACAUCGGCGGCAGCCAAACACCACAUGCUUUGACCCCCGGUGGUACCGGCGGCGUACUGGCACAAUUCCAGGCUGCCAAAUCCUGAGGCCCUCGGCCGGUCAUGAUCGUUGCCCUGGGGCGUUCGAAUCAGGUGCGCGGAGCUUACGACUUUUGUAUGCUUUGUGGUUGCGAUCCUCCCUAACCAUUUUCUCUUUAUCCUUCCCGUCCUGUAUAGGAACCUACUGCGACCCACGGUAAACUCUCGCCGGUGGUCGAUUGAAUAGCGUCUUCGAAGGGUGUUUUCCAAAUUUAUGGUUCUCUGUUACUUGAUUUUUUUUUUAAAGCUGGUAUCUCUGGUUUGUCUGUUUUCCCCUUUAGCCGGUAGGAGGGAUGGAGAACCUAAACGAUUUGAUGGAUGUACAUAGCAUGUGGCAUGGGGUUGUGCUUUCUUGGUGCAUUGUUCCUUGUCGUUUGUGUCGUUAGUUUCUUCUUUUCUUGCGGUCUCGUCCACGGAGUUCAUCGCCUGAAAUGCCUUCGUAUAGUCUUGGGAGUGGGGUUUCUGCAAAGGUGUAUGGUGUUCUUCUUACGGC